GUGAAUGGGUACUUCCUAAAUGGUCAUCUCGUACUCUGGCCGCCAGUCGAGAAAGUACUGAAGAAUCCGGACUAUGCUGAAUACAAGGUUGUCUUCACUGGUCACUCACUUGGAGGUGCCUUAGCUGCGUUGGCUGCCGCUCGUACCGCUAAACAGGGUCUAAGGCCAGGCGAUAAGAUCACAAUGUACACAUAUGGUCAACCACGGGUCGGUGAUGCUCAAUUCGCCACAAAUUUUGACGCAAUGAUUAAGGACAGCGCUAUCGCUCCUUCGCCAGCAAUGAAGCCGAUAGGGCCUUCCCUUCUGCGGCCUGGCUCCUAA